GAUACAUAUAUAUUGGGCUAGACAUUCAUCACUUUAUAAAAAUAUCGAAGAUUUUCUUCAAGGAAACCCUCUUGCCAAUAAGGUAUUCAUACAAACAGAUAAUGAAGAUGACUGGAGAUUUUAAGGACAAGCUGGGUGAAGGAGGUUAUGGCAUUGUUUAUAAAGGAAAGCUACGUAGUGGACCUUUGGUUGCCAUAAAGAUGUUGAACAAAUCUAAGGCUAAUGGGCUAGAGUUCAUGAGUGAAAUUGCAACCAUAGGAAGAAUACAUCAUUCCAAUGUGGUGAGACUUGUUGGAUUUUGUGUUGAGGCCUCAAAACGUGCUCUUAUUUAUGAAUUUAUGCCCAAUGGUUCUCUCGAUAGAUAUAUUUCCUACAAAGAGGGUUCUAUCUCUCUAGCUUAUCAUCAAAUGUACACAAUAUCUCUUGGAGUGGCUCGUGGUAUUGCAUAUCUGCAUCAAGGUUGUGACGUGCAAAUUUUACAUUUUGAUAUCAAGCCCCACAACAUCCUUCUUGAUGAGAACUUUAUUCCCAAAGUUUCAGACUUUGGUCUUGCAAGACUUUAUCCAAUUAAUGGUAGUAGUGUCACUUUGACUGGAGCAAGAGGAACAAUUGGUUAUAUGGCUCCAGAGUUGUUCUAUAAAAAUAUUGGAGGAGUGUCCUACAAGGCUGAUGUUUAUAGCUUUGGAAUGCUUCUAAUGGAAAUGGCAAAUAGAAGAAGAAAUUUGAAUCCGUAUGCAGAUCAUUCAAACGAGCUUUCCUUCCCUUAUUGGAUUUAUGAUCAAUUGGUUGAAGAAAGAGAAAUAGAAAUGAGAGGAGCUACCGAUGAGGAAAAGAAUAGUGUUAAAAAGAUGUUCAUAGCUGCUCUAUGGUGUAUAUAA